UUUUUUUAUGUCUCUCGGUCGAUCAUGAUAAUGGUUGUGGAUAAUGUUAUGUCGUUCCGUUGGAAGUUAUGGGACUCCAUGCAUUGCAGUUUAUAAACUCUACAAUCAAUUGCGAAAUCCACAUAUUUCUCCCUCCUGCUGCCCGCAACUGUGCAAUUUCUUAGCUGAGCCCGGUUGAUAUAAUCAAUCCCACGGUCACAUGGCAACUUUUUAGUCGUUGAGAAAUAUAAUUUCUUGAUGCUUUCGUUUCUAAUUCACAUUUUUCACUGAAAAGCUUUUCUUUUUCUUUGAAAAAGAAAAACUUUAAAGGGUUGUUCAAUACCACCCAACAUCUUCAUAUAUUCGGUUACUUUUUUCCUGGGUCAAAGUUGUUUAAACUCGAGGGAAUCAGCUAAUGGAAACUUACAUUUCCUUCUUGAUGGAUUUUGAAGUUUUAGAGCCCUUGUUCGAUUGAUGCGUUGGAGUGGACAUGUAUGAUCAUUUGUAAAAGUGUACUCCAGUUCAAGACUCUGAAUUGGAAAAGACAAGUUUAGAGGACCAUAUGGAAGAAUCUGGCAAUGGGAAGGCUGUUUCUAGAACCAACCGAAAACAUCAAGCAGGAACUGCCACCAUAAAAAAAGGAUGGGUUCAAGCAUUACCAAUCAAGCAACAUUCUCCAGAUGACAAGAAUCAAUUGUACAAGGCAUCAAAGUCUGCAGAUUCCAAAUACCAAGUCCACUGCAUUAUCUGCACGAAUGAGAAUAGUUGCAGAACUGUUCGCUCGAGAACAAAGUUGAUGAAUAUUAUGAUAGAAAGAGGGAAACCCCAGGAAGUCCAGUCCAUAUUUGACAGUUUGAUUGAAGGAGGGCACAAGCCGUCUCUUAUAACAUACACAACCCUGUUGGCUGCCUUGACCAUCCAGAAGCGCUUCAAGUCCAUAUGUUCAAUUAUCUCUCAGGUGGAAGAAAAUGGAAUGAAGCCUGACUCAAUAUUUUUUAAUGCUGUUAUAAAUGCUUUCUCCGAGUGUGGAAACAUAGAGGAAGCCAUGGAAACCUUUUGGAAAAUGAAGAAAAGUGAAUUAAAACCCACAACGAGCACUUAUAACAUAUUAAUUAAAGGUUACGGGAUUGCAGGUAAACCUGCAGAAUCUCUGAAACUGCUAGAAUUAAUGUCGCAAGAGAAAAAUGUCAAACCCAAUCUCAGGACCUAUAACGUGCUUGUCAGAGGAUGGUGUAAGAAGAAUGAUAUUGUGGAGGCAUGGAAUGUGGUAAAUAAGAUGGUAGCUUCUGGCAUUCAACCUGAUGCAGUUACUUACAACACAAUAUCAACAGCUUAUGCUCAAAAUGGAGAGACAGAUCAGGCCGAAGGGAUGAUUUUAGAGAUGCAGAAAAACAGUGUGCAGCCCAAUGGGCGAACUUGUGGCAUCAUCGUAAGUGGGUAUUGUAAGGAAGGAAAACUGAAAGAGGCCUUGAGGUUUGUGUACAGGAUGAAGGAUCUUGGUGUGCAUCCUAAUCUCGUAAUUUUCAACUCGUUGAUUAAAGGAUUUGUAGACACUAUGGACAGAGAUGGGGUGGAUGAGGUAAUGGCAUUGAUGGAUGAGUCGGGGGUCAAACCAGACGUGAUAACAUAUAGUACCAUCAUGAAUGCAUGGAGCACUGCAGGAUUCAUGGAAAAGUGCAGGCAAAUCUUUGAUGACAUGAUGAAGGCAGGAAUAAAACCUGAUGCACAUGCCUACAGCAUUCUUGCUAAAGGAUAUGCGCGUGCACGAGAACCAAAGAAAGCCGAAGAACUAUUGAGAGCAAUGACCAAAUUGGGAGUCCGUCCAAACGUUGUGAUUUUCACAACUGUUAUUAGUGGAUGGUGCGGCACUGGACAAAUGGAAUAUGCCAUAAAGAUUUUUGACAAGAUGUGUGAGUUCAAGGUUUCUCCCAAUUUGAAGACUUUUGAGACCUUAAUUUGGGGAUAUGGAGAAGCAAAGCAGCCAUGGAAAGCAGAAGAAAUGCUCCAAAUUAUGGAAGAAUUUGAUGUUCAACCAGAGAAAUCCACUAUCUUGCUUGUUGCAGAAGCUUGGCGUGCCACUGGAUUAACAAAAGAAGCAAAUAGGAUGCUCGGUAUUGUGAAAGGUAAGGGAAUGAUUCGUCAGACGGUGACAGAAGAAGAGAUACCAGUUGAAAGUUCGGAGAAAAUUUACCAGAAGCUGCCUGCGGAUGCCUCUUCUACCGAUCUGUUACAGAUACCAGCAGUAGUAACGAGUGAUCAGAAAGGAUCAACCACAGCAACUAAAAAAGGGCGCAUGGUGUUGAGAGAUACUGAUUUUCCAUUAGAGCGCUCAUACCUUUCUACAAAAUCGAUGUAUCUUUCUCACACUUGUAAGUUUGGAGACAGAUCACCAAUCAUAUGCCGGAAGCAGUCACAAAGGCAGCUUGGGAUGUUUGCUCAGCUUCCACUUUCAUGUACAGCCGUAUUCUUGAACUGAAGGAGAUACAGAAAUUACAGCUUUUGAUGAAAUCCCGUCCACACCAGAAGAAAUUAUAUUACAUUUUGUAUAGACAAGGGAGCUGCUUCAUUUUCAGGACCUCAUUGUUGUUUAAGGUCUGCUUCAAUACCCAAAGUCAAUGAUAAUCUUGUAUUUUAAGCACAGGAAGACUUAGCUGCUAAUUUUUUUUU